AUGACAAUUGCAGAACUUAGACAAAGAUUGAUUUCACAACGGCGAAGAGAAGAAGAAGAGCGUGCGAAAUUGAUACGUCAGAAUGAUGAUCUAAGAGAAGAGAAUCUUAAAUUACAAGAACAUAGAUCAAGAAGCGCUAUGCGAUCAAGAUCUAGGGCAAGCAGAAGUUCAUCAAGACGAAGUCAAUAUAAUCAAAAAGAUGCUAGGCGAGAGCAACCUUUAGAUAAUAUUGAUGAGAACUUACAGGUAGGUGAUAAUUUACAAGAUCAACGUGAUGAGAGACGCAUAGAAUAUGACCGAUACGAGCAACCGCGUGAGCAUUAUCACCGACAAGAAGGUCAAAGGAACAACAGACGUCAAGAUGCAGGCGAGCGAUAUCGCACACACUAUGAGUCAAGUAAUGAUGAAGAAAAUGAUCCAGAACAAGGAAGAAUUAUAUUACAUGGUAGAGAAAUAUUGAGAGAUCAAUAUGCAUGCGAAGAAGAGGAUGAAAAAAAUAAUUCUAUUCGUGACCGUAUGAGAGAUGAAAGAGAAAGGCGUAAGCGAAGAAGAAAAGAAGCUGAAGAACGAGAGAUCCAAGAGGCCAUGCGACAGAAUAAUCAUGAGAAUAGAUUGAGGAAAGCGAGAUUAAAAAGACCUGUGCGACAAGAUUUAGAUCAAAAUAUGAGUGAAAGAAUUCUUAGAGAAAUGGCAGGGCUAAGAGAAAUGAUGAUUGCGCGAAGAAAUGGUGGAAGGAGACAGCUAGAGGAAGCAGUAGAGGAAGCUGGAAAACAUCCUUUUCUAGGCAAAUCCAAAGUGAAAUAA